AUGAGCAAGAAUACGAAAGAUAAAAGCAUUGAUGAAAUUGACUUAGGUUUAACCCCCGUCAAAAGAAGAGAAUUAAAACAGUAUAAUCAUAAAUUAUCGAACAAACUUUUAUUGGAGUCUCGAUUUUCAGGAUGGUUAGAACCAAGUAAAACAAAUAUCGAGAGAACAUACUGUAAAUUUUCUCGUUGUAAAAUUCAAAGCAGUGUAACUCACCUGGAGAGGCACGGAAAAACGGAUAAGCAUAUUAAAAAUGUUAAUUCAGAAAAUAAAUGUGGAAAACUGACCGAUUUUUUGCAGCCUACAACUUCUUGUGUUCAUAAGCUUUGUUCCUUCAUUGCAGAACAUAACUUACCAGUGAGGCUUAUGAAUCAUUUACCUGGAUUAAUUCAAAAUGCAUGUCCUGAUUCCCAAAUUGCUAAAGAUAUUAAACGUGCAAGAACCAAAGCUUUUCAAAUAUAUAAAAAUAUUUUAGGCCCGUAUUACUUUGAAAACUUCAUUAAAUACUUAAAAGAGUACAAGUUUUCAUUAAUUGUUGAUGAAACUACUGAUGUAAUUAAAAAAACAGCUUGUAGCACUUAA